UAGACUCACAUAAACCACUAGAUUUAUCAUUAUUAGCAUUUCUUUCCUUGCAAGAACAAGCCGCCAUGGAAGUCAAUGGAGCAAGCACGUAUAGGUCUAUUAUCGUUCCUUCUGUUCAAGAGAUGGUCAAGGAGAAGAUGAUCAGGACGGUUCCUCCGAGGUAUGUACGGUCUGAUCUAGACAAAGCUGAGAUCAACAGUGAUUUAAGCAUCGAGAUCCCAGUCAUCGACAUGAAUCGUUUGUGCUGUUCAAUCUCCAUGAAUUCGGAGGUUGACAAGCUCCACUUCGCUUGCAAAGAAUGGGGAUUUUUCCAGCUUGUAAACCAUGGGAUGGACUCAGGCUUCUUGAACAGAAUCAAGUCGGAGAUUCAAGAUUUGUUCAACCUUUCUAUGGAAGAGAAGAAGAAGCUGUGGCAACAACCUGGUGAGAUCGAAGGUUUUGGACAGGCUUUUGUGCUUUCAGAAGAGCAGAAACUCGAUUGGGCAGACACGUUCAUGCUUUCAAUGCAACCAGUUCGAGUACGCAAGCCUAACUUGUUCUCCAAGCUACCUCUUCCCAUUAGAGACACACUAGACACGUAUUCGGCUGAAGUGAAAACCGUAGCUAUGAUCUUAUUUGCGAAAAUGGGGACAGCCUUGAAGAUCAAUCCCGAGGAAAUCGAAAACUUGUUUGAUGAGGAGAUAGAUCAGAAAAUAAGGAUAAAUUACUACCCGCCUUGUCCAGAGCCUGAUAAGACUAUUGGUUUGACUCCGCAUUCCGAUGCUACAGGACUCACCAUACUGUUGCAGGUUAAUGAAGUGGAAGGCCUUCAAAUCAAGAAAAACGGCAAGUGGGUCUCUGUUAAACCUCUCCCAAAUGCAUUCGUUGUCAAUAUUGGAGACAUCUUAGAGAUCAUAACGAAUGGGACAUACCGAAGUAUAGAGCAUCGUGGGGUUGUGAACUCAGAGAAAGAGAGGCUCUCUGUGGCAUCGUUUCAUAAUCCUGGAACGGGCAAAGAAGUUGGUCCACUGAGAAGUCUCGUUGAAAGGGAAAAGGCGGCACUUUUCAGAAGCGUGACCACAGAAGAGUACUUGAAGGGUUUCUUCUCCCGCGAGCUCAAUGGAAAAACUUACCUCGAUGAUAUGAGAAUCUAAAGGAAAAUAUACAUAAAACCAUUGCCUUGGGACCUAAGAAACUCCGACCGUUUGUGUUUUCUUGCUCUCUC